ACGUACCCAUAAUGAAACAAUAAUUAGCUGGAAAGCCGGUUCGUUCAGGUCAACAAGUUUUCACAAAGCUUACUAAACAAGCAUUAUGCCUAAAACAAAGGAAUUCGUAACGUCAAGUUCUGGCUCAGAGUCCGAUUCCGGUGAUGAGCCACCAAAGAAGAAACAGAAGUCAAAGGAGAAGGUGAAGGCGAAAGAAAUGGAAAAGCCAAAGUCAAACUCACAAAAAAAUGCUGCAGGUGACAUACAGUUUGAACUCUCGCGAAUGAGGUUUGUAACUGUGAGGGAAUUCAAAGGUAAAGCACUCAUUGACAUCAGGGAACAUUAUGAGAAGGAUGGGGAGAUGUUACCUGGCAGAAAAGGGAUUUCUUUAAGUAAGGACCAGUGGCGGAAGCUGAAGGAACAAAUCGAUGAAAUUGACGAGGUUGUGCAGAAUAUGUAGCUGGAGUCCAACUUUGAUAUUUUUGUUGUUUUUAUGUUCCUAUUGUGCAUGUAUCUGGAGACCUAACAAUCAGACAAUCCAAAAAAUAACUUUGAAACAACUUAUGAAAAGUAUGCAGCAUGGAUAUGGGUAAAAGUGGUUACAUUUAAAAGAAUAGAUGAAGAAUUUGUAGUCUUAAUUUACCCUUGGUGUCUCUUUUGUGUAGGGUUAUGAUACCACCAUUAAGUGUUCAUUGCAACCAUUUGAAGGUGCUGAGGAAAUGUGUGUACACAUACCAGAUACUGUGCUGACAUGGUAAUUGUUGUGGUAAUUUUGCUGUGUUGUGCAUGUACAUGUAUAUUGUUACUGGUUUGAGUUAGACUUAAAUACCAAACUUGAUGAGUACUGAAAUCCACAGUUUUAGUUUUCAGCUGAUAAGCUCAUGAUUUAUAUUUCAAACCGUAGUAUGGUCAGAAUCGAUGCUUGCAGUUUUCAACCCAAAUGUUAAUCAAAUCGAUAUGAUGCCAUAAUACAAAAGAAGUGUAAUUUAUGUACACAUUUUCACAUACUUUAUU